UCCCAACUCAAAAAGUCAACUUCUUCUCUCUCUCUCAGCAUAAUAAACUUAAAACACAACAAAGUACAGAGCAGUCAGAAACAGAACAUAAACAUAAGAAAAACAUCCUAUGAAAGAACCAAUCUUUUUUCUUUUGUAAUACUUGAAGGUUUUUAGGCUUUUUUUUUUUUUAAAUGGGUAACGGCGUCGGGAAACUUGGGCACUGUUUCGCUGGUGAGGUGUCACGCCGUCACGACAACGCCGUCAUUUUCGUGGACCAAGUUGACGGCGGAUUUGGCCACUCUUUCUGCUACUUACGGCCCGAACAGCAACGCGUCUCUUCCUCCUCCAAAAUCCAUUCCGACUUCUCCACAAACAACCUCCUCCAAACGACGACGUUUUUCCACUCAAUCUCCGGCGCCUCGGUCAGUGCCAACGUUUCAACCCAAACUCUAUCAAUGGCGCUCGUCGAUUCAUGUCCGUACAAUACCUCGUCUACUGAUCGGGCCUCCACUUUCGAGAGCUCAGAUUCUUUCGCCUCUCUUCCUCUUCAGCCAGUACCCCGUAGCUCGUUCCAAUCCGGGUCGGGCGGUUCCCUGUCUGGAUCCGGGCCGAUCGAGAGAGGCUUCUUGUCGGGUCCCAUCGAGCGUGGAUUUGUAUCGGGACCCAUCGAUCGCGGGUUAUAUUCCGGUCCGAUGACUGAUAAAGAAAAAAAUUGCGAUAAUAAUGAUAAGUUGCAGCGAAGCUUAUCUCAAAAUAGUCCUCGCGGAAAUUCCAAGAAACAAAGAUUAAUGAAGGUUUUCAAGAGAGUGUUGUCAAUUUCUCGUAGCAAUAAAUCGUUUAAAGGGUUUACAGAAAUGGAUUCAGAGAGAAACAACCAGAGUGUGAACGGGAGUAGUACUACUGUUAGUAGUAACAGGAGCUUGAACAAUGAAAAUGGUGUUAUUGUUGAAGAUGAAGAUGAUGAAUUUUCAAUGAAGAGUCAAAAUCUACAGUGGGCGCAAGGCAAAGCCGGUGAAGAUCGAGUUCAUAUUGUGGUAUCAGAGAAACACGGAUGGGUUUUUGUUGGUAUUUAUGAUGGAUUUAACGGUCCUGAUGCUCCUGAUUAUUUGCUUACUAAUUUAUACACUGCUGUUCAUAAGGAACUAAAGGGGUUGUUAUGGAAUGAUAAAUUUGAAUCCACAGGGAAUUCGUUGAGUUCAAGUGAGGCAUCUUCAUUGUUUGAUGAAUUAAACCAAUUCCAGAUUGAUAAGGAGAAUAAUCAUCUUGUGGAAAAUGGUGUUAUAGAUGAUAAUUUGAAGAGAAAGAACGGUAAAGGGGCAGCGAAGAAACGGGAGGAGAAUCAAAAGAGGUGGAGGUGUGAAUGGGAUAGGGAAAGGCAAGAGCUUGAUAGGAAGUUAAAGGAAAAAUUGAACUGUGAAGGGACUAAUGGGGUCAACCAUCAGGAUGUGCUGAAGGCGCUUUCGCUUGCCCUGAAGAAGACAGAGGACUCAUAUUUGGAGGUUGCAGAUUUGAUGGUGAGGGAGAAUCCUGAGUUGGCUCUGAUGGGUUCUUGUGUUUUGGUGAUGUUGAUGAAGGGAGAGGAUGUGUAUUUGAUGAAUGUUGGUGAUAGUCGGGCAGUUCUCGCGAAGAAACUUGAGCCUAAUAUUGGAUUAGGGAGGCCAUGGAAGGAUUUAGAACGAAUCAAGGAGGAAACUCUGCAUGAUCUUGAAGCAAUGGAUAAUGGUGACAUUGACAGAUUAUAUAACUUGACAUCCGUUCAGCUGACUAUUGAUCACAGCACUUAUGCAGAAGAGGAAGUUGCGAGAAUUAUGAAAGAACAUCCGGAUGAUGAUUCUGCAGUAAUGAAUGACCGGGUGAAAGGUUAUUUGAAGGUCACUCGAGCUUUUGGGGCCGGAUUUCUGAAACAGCCAAAAUGGAAUGAUGCACUUCUGGAGAUGUUUAGAAUCAGUUACAUAGGAAAUUCUCCGUAUAUCACUUGUUUCCCUUCGCUCUACCAUCAUCGACUCAGCCCAAGGGACAAGUUCUUGAUAUUGUCUUCUGAUGGACUCUAUCAGUACUUCACCAACGAAGAAGCUGUAUCCGAAGUUGAGUUAUUCAUCGCAGCAUUUCCCGAAGGAGAUCCUGCACAACAUCUUAUCGAAGAAGUACUAUUCCGUGCAGCAAAGAAAGCCGGUAUAGACUUCCAUGAGUUGCUUGAUAUCCCACAAGGAGAUCGUCGCAGAUACCAUGACGAUGUCACUGUCAUUGUAAUCUCAUUUGAGGGAAGAAUCUGGCGAUCAUCUGUGUAAAUAGAGAUAGCUUUUGCAGAAAAAAAUAUAUACAUAUACACAAAUUUUUACAUGUUGGCCUGUUUUUUCACCUCUUUACUUUGGCAUAUAAUCAUAUAUAUAUUCUUCCAUUUCUUCCCAUCA